AUGGCAGGCAAAGAAACAAACCUCUCAGAACAUCUCUUUCUCACCAAGUUAGCUUCAGACACCGAACAGUACAAAUGCACGGAGGGCCGCCUCAAUGCCGCCACUCUGAACCUACUCGAAGGUGCAGACAUCCAGUUCCGCCGCGAAAACCGCCUCGACAUUGCCCUCGUCAAGAACCUUCCCAUUGCGUUGAUAUUCCUCCCUGCAGCCGAUAUUCCAACUUUUGUUGGCCAAGGUCGCGUUGAUCUCGGUAUCACUGGCUUGGAUCAAGUAAAGGAGUAUGCUGCCGGUGUCAAAACCCACACGCCUGCUUCCGAUAACGUUGCCGGAUGCGAGACUGUGAUGGACUUGGGUUUUGGUUCUUGCAAGCUCCAGGUUCAAGUGCCCGAAAAGGGCAAAUAUUCUUCGACUAGGGAUUUGAUCGGCCGUACUAUCGGUACUAGCUUCCCCAACUUGACGGCUGAGCACUUCGUCAAGAUUGAGGCGGGACUCGACCCAGCGUCGGACCAGCAACCUCCCACGCAAACUUUGCGUACCAAUAUCAUUGAAUUAAGCGGUAGCGUUGAGGCUGCUUGCGCUCUCGGCGUUGCUGAGGGCAUUGUCGAUCUCGUCGAAUCUGGGGAAACGAUGCGCGCUGCUGGCCUCGAAGCAAUUGAUACUGUAGUCGAGUCUAGCGCCAUAUUGAUCAAGUCAACGAAGCCAUCUAACGCAGAUUUGGUAGAGCUUAUCGCCUCGCGAAUCCGCGGCGUCAUUACAGCUCAGAAGUUUGUACUGUGCCAGUACAACGUGGAACGCUCUAAGCUCGUCGAAGCGACAAGAAUCACUCCUGGCAAGCGUGCUGCCACCAUUACGCAGCUUGACGCUGACGGUUGGGUCGCUGUUAGCUCAAUGGUUGAGAAGAACAAGAUUGCGCUGGUUAUGGAUGAGUUGACCCGCGUGGGGGCCCAGGACAUCCUCGUUCUCGACAUUCACAACACUCGGUAG